AUUAAUAAUUCAAGGAACGUGCAUGAAUCUGUAUGAGAGAAAUACUUCAUAUACCUAACAAAUAUUAUGUUUUAUUGGUUUUUUUCUGCUUAGAUUAAACAAGUCAGAAAUAAGUUUACAUGUUAUUUAAUGGAGGGGUCACAGAGAAAUGGAAAUUUGGUUUUUGCAGUUAAUGGAGAGAGAUUUGAGUUAGCAUGUGUUGAUCCUUCUACUACUUUGCUUCAGUUCUUGAGAUAUCAUGCUUCUUUCAAGAGUCCCAAGCUUGGUUGUGGUGAAGGUGGUUGUGGAGCUUGUGUUGUUUUAGUCUCAAAGUAUGAUCCCAAGCUAAACAAAGUUGAAGAUUUUAGUGUGAGUUCAUGCCUUACACUUCUUUGUAGUUUAAAUGGUUGUGCUAUUACUACAAGUGAUGGUCUUGGUAACACCAGAGAUGGCUAUCACCCAAUUCACCAAAGAUUUGCUGGUUUCCAUGCAUCUCAAUGUGGCUUUUGCACUCCUGGAAUGUGUAUGUCGUUUUUCUCGGCUCUUGUCAAUGCCGAUAAAGGGAACCAUCAAGUUUCUCCUCCACAAGGAUUCUCUAGUCUGACUUCAUUUGAAGCUGAAAAGUCCAUUUCGGGGAACCUUUGUCGUUGCACUGGAUACCGGCCCAUCGCUGAUGCUUGUAGGAGUUUUGCUUCUGAUGUUGAUAUAGAGGAUUUGGGACUCAAUACCUUUUGGAAAAAUGGAGAUUCCACAGAAACCAAAGCCAGUAAAUUGCCUCCCUAUGAUCCAAGUAAGGAUCUUGUUACAUAUCCUGAAUUCUUGAAAAGUGAAUCCAUCACGUGUUUGGAUUCCACGAGGUAUUCUUGGUUUAGCCCUGUUUCUAUAGAGGAGCUACAAAGCUUGUUGAAUUCUAGUGUGGCUGAAAAUGUUGGGAGUGUUAAAAUAGUUGUUGGCAAUACUGGCACUGGUUAUUACAAGGAAACACAGCGCUAUGACCAGUACAUCGAUCUGAGGCGUAUCCCUGAACUUUCGAUCCUCAAUAGGGAUCGCAAAGGAAUUGAAAUCGGAGCAACUGCGACAAUAUCUAGAGUUAUUUCAUUUCUGAAUGAGGGAACCGAUGUCAAUUUGGGAUUGUAUGGAAAGAUGGUGUCCCAAAAGUUGGCUCAACAUAUGGAGAAGAUUGCUAAUCCGUUCGUCAGAAACACUGCCAGUGUGGGGGGAAAUUUAGCUAUGGCGCAGAAGUUUGGUUUUCCGUCUGAUAUGUCUACAUUAUUUCUUGGAGUAGAUGCUACGGUUAGUAUAUUGACCAUUCAUGGACGAGAAAAACUUAAAUGGGAGGAGCUCUUAGCAAGGCCAGCAUUAGACUCAAGAAGUGUGCUUCUAAGUGUUCGGAUCCCUUUUAAAAAGGACGGAAAUAUUCUUCAGAACUUUUCGAAGUUUUUGUUUGAAACCUAUCGAGCUGCACCGCGACCUCUCGGAAGUGCAUUGGCAUAUGUAAAUGCUGCUUUCUUAGCUGAUGUUUCUCCCCGAAGAAACGGGGUCGUGAUACAUUCAAUCAGGUUGGCAUUUGGUGCUUUUGGCACAAAUCAUGCGAUAAGGGCGAAAACAGUAGAGAAACAUCUAAGCGGGAAAAUAUUGAACGUCAAGAUUCUGUAUGAAGCAGUGAAAUUUGUCAAGCUAGACAUAGUCCCUGAACCAGGGACUUCAUACCCUGAGUACAGGUCAAGCUUGGCUGUCAGUUUUCUGUUCAAGUUUUUGUAUCCGCUUACCAAUGUUGAUUCCGCCGUUUCCAGUGGUUUGUUCGACGGAGUUGGUGAAACUUUUGUAGAAGAUGGUGAUACUAGUCAAGGAAAUACACAGACAAUACUAUCACCUGCUGAGCAGGUUGUGGAAUCAAGUACCGAGUACUAUCCAGUCGGUGAGCCGAUGAAGAAGUAUGGAGCUGCCAUGCAAGCUUCUGGUGAAGCUGUUUAUGUAGACGACAUUCCAUCACCACCAAACUGUCUACACGGGGCAAUUAUCUAUAGUACAAAACCACUAGCAAGGGUAAAGAACAUUCAUCUCCAGCGUGAGCCUAAUUCAUUAGCAGAGGGAAUUAUUGGCAUUAUCACAUUUAAAGAUAUCCCGAGCAGAGGGGAAAAUGUAGGAGCUUUGAGCCAGUUUGGCACUGAACCUUUAUUUGCAGAGGAUCAUUGCGAAUAUGCUGGUGAUCGAAUUGCUGUUGUGGUUGCUAAAAGUCAGAGGUCUGCUGAUGUGGCUGCAAGAACAGCCGUUGUUGAAUAUGACACGGAAAACAUAGAUUCGCCGAUUUUAACUGUUGAGGAGGCUGUUGAGAGGUUAAGUUUUCUUCAAGGUCCCGUGUUUCUGGACACUGAACCGGUUGGUGAUUUCUCAAAAGGAAUGGCUGAAGCUGACCACAAAAUUCUUUCUGCUGAGUUGAGACUUCCAUCAGAGUACUACUUUUAUAUGGAGCCACAGACUACCUUAGCAGUUCCUGAUGAGGACAACACGAUGGUUGUUUAUGCUUCAACUCAGUUCCCUGAGAAUACGCAUAGUGUGAUUGCUCGUUGUCUUGGUGUUCCCGAGCAUAAUAUCCGCGUGAAAACAAGAAGGGCUGGAGGUGGCUUUGGUGGCAAGGCAAUAAGAAAUAUGCCAGUUUCCACAGCCUGUGCACUUGCAGCGUACAAGUUACGACAUCCUGUCAGGAUAUACGUCAACAGAAAUACUGACAUGGUAAUAACGGGAGGAAGACACCCCCUGAAAGUAACGUACAGUGUUGGAUUCAAGUCAAACGGGAAGGUCACAGCCUUACAUGCUGAUAUCUUAAUAAAUGGAGGGAUAUCAGAUGAUAUAACCCCUGUCAUAGCGUCUCAUGUAAUCGCAGCGCUCAAGAAAUACAAUUGGGGUGCCUUUUCUUUCAAUUUAAAGAAUUGCAAGACAAACCUUACCAGCAAAUCAUCUAUGCGGGCACUGGGGGAUGUCCAAGGAUCAUAUAUUGCAGACGUUAUAAUAGAACAUGUAGCAAGUGUACUGGAAAUGGAGGUGGACUCUGUCAGUAGCCAAAAUGUUCAUACUUAUGAAAGCCUUAAAUUAUUCUACGAGCAUAGUGCUGGAGAACCAGGAGAAUAUACCUUGCCUAGUAUCAUGGAUCAGUUGGCGACAUCCUCAAGAUUUUUUGAUAGAAGAAAGAUGAUAGAUGAAUUUAAUGAGAAAAACACGUGGAAGAAACGGGGCAUUUCUCGAUUGCCAAUCGUGCAUGAAGUUACGCAACACGCGACACCAGCAAAAGUAAGCGUCCUGCAGGACGGAUCGAUAGUUUGUGAAGUUGGAGGGGUUGAAAUCGGCCAAGGGCUAUGGACAAAGGUUAAACAGGUGAUCGCCUACACUCUUAGUUUAAUCGAGAGAAGUUGGAGCGAAGAACUCGUGGAGAAGGUGCGAAUCAUACAAAUAGAUACAUUAAGCUUAGUGCAAACUGGAUAUACCGCUGAAAGCACCAAGUCCGAAUCAAGCUGUGAAGCUGCUCGACGUUGCUGUAAUAUCCUGGUUGAAAGACUGACUCCUCUGAAGGAAAAACUUCAAGAACAAAAUGGUUCUGUCGACUGGACUACACUGAUUCGCGAGGCAGAAGCUCAACCAAUAGAUCUACAAGCACAUGCUUAUUUUGUCCCAGAUUCAAGUUCCGGGCAAUAUUUGAACUAUGGUGCUGCUGUUAGCGAGGUUGAGAUAGAUAUUUUGACAGGACAGCCAAGAAUUAUGCAAUCAGAUAUUAUAUACGACUGUGGUCAGAGCUUGAAUCCAGCUGUUGACUUGGGACAGAUUGAAGGGGCUUUUGUACAGGGAAUUGGAUAUUUUAUGCUUGAAGAAUAUCUUACAAACGAAGACGGAUUGAUGGUUACAAAUAGCACGUGGACAUACCAUAUCCCGACGAUUGAUACCAUAUCUAAGCGUUUGAAUGUUCGUGUGUUAAACAGUGGACAUCACAAAAAACGUAUUCUAUCAUCUAAAGCUUCUGGUGAACCGCCAUUGCUUCUAGCAGCUACAAUCCAUUCUGCUAUAAGGGCAGCCAUUAGAGAAGCCCGAAAACAGCUGAAACGUUGGGGUAAACUCGAGGAGUCUGAUUCGAAAUUUUAUCUGGAUGUACCUGCCAUAAUGCCUGUUGUGAAGACAACUUGUGACCUAGACUAUGUGGAGAAAUACUUGGAAACUUUGAUCAGCAAACCAUCCACCUAAAUUUCCGAUUAACACGCCUUAAUCGGUGAGUGUCCAAGGCCUCAAUUUUACGAAAACAUGUUCUAACGUCCCAUACUUUGCACAUUUGUUUUGGUACGAGGGUCGAUUGGAGCACCAAUGUGUAUUUUAUGUAAAGGUCCUCUAAUGUCUACAUGAAGCUAAAUAGUUAGUAGUACAUUAUUUUGCUUGAUGACUAUUUGCAUUAUUCUAUUGAUAGAAAUAUGAACAAAUUCACUUUGUUCUUUGUGUGUAUAAG